AUGAGCUCUGUAUCAAAUACGAAGGUUCCACUUAUUAGCCCUGAAGAAGUGUCCAUUGAGGACAAAAAAGCGAAUGAAUUUGGGCCAUUGACGUCAAAAGAAUAUUUACACCAAGUACACUCGCGGAAUGGCAAAGGACUUGGUGAGCCGAUUUUGGAUGCACCUCCUUACUAUGUCUCAGUCAUUACGUAUCUGAACUACCUGAUACUUAUCAUUUUGGGUAAUAUUCACGACUUUUUGGGCAUGACUUUCCAAAAAGACCGGCAUCCUGAUAUAGUCGAAAAGGACGGAAUUGCGCCAUGGUAUUCCAAGUUUGAGAGUUUCUUCGUGCGCAGAAUGAAAAAGCGGAUCGACGACUGUUUUUCUCGUCCCACGACAGGUGUUCCCGGUCGUUUCAUUAGAUGCAUUGAUCGUAUUUCUCACGACCUGAACGAAUACUUUACAUAUCCCGGCACGUCAACAAUGUGUUUGAAUUUGUCGUCAUACAACUAUCUGGGAUUUGCUCAGAGCGAGGGGCAGUGCACUGAUGCCGCGUUGGAAGCCAUAAAAAAGUACGGCAUCAAUUCGGGUGGUCCUAGAGCUCAAAUCGGCACGACAGAUCUUCACGUAGCCACUGAACGUUACGUCGCGGAUUUUGUCGGUAAAGAGGACGCAAUGGUGUUUUCAAUGGGUUACGGUACAAACGCAAAUUUCUUCGAUGCCUUCUUGGACAGCAAAUGUCUAGUGAUUUCGGAUGAGUUGAACCAUGCUUCCAUCAGAACUGGUGUGCGUCUAUCAGGAGCUGCCGUCAAAGUUUUCAAACACAACGACAUGGCGGCGCUAGAGAAAAUCAUUAGGGAACAAAUCGUUCAAGGACAACCGAAAUCUCACCGGCCAUGGAAGAAAAUCCUUAUUUGCGUUGAGGGUCUUUUCUCUAUGGAAGGCACAAUGUGCAAUCUGCCUGAAAUCAUCGAACUGAAAAAGAAGUACAAGUGCUAUUUGUUUGUCGAUGAAGCCCAUUCUAUUGGUGCCAUGGGUCCCAAAGGAAGAGGAGUCUGUGACGUUUUUGGCGUCGAUCCUGCUGACAUCGAUAUCUUGAUGGGAACUUUUACUAAGUCAUUUGGCGCCGCUGGUGGGUACAUCGCAGCAGACAAAGCCAUGAUAGACAGACUUAGAUUAGACGUGUCUACGGCAAGUUAUGGUGAACCCAUGCCCGUUCCCGUCUUAGCCCAAAUUAUAUCUUCUCUUAGGACGAUCACCGGCGAACUCAACCCAGGAGAAGGCCAAGAAAGAUUACAACGGAUUGCUUUCAACUCCAGAUACCUACGUUUGGCCUUGCAGCGGCUCGGAUUCAUAGUUUACGGCAUUGCGGAUUCACCAGUUGUCCCUAUGCUUUUGUAUGCGCCUUCCAAGAUGCCCGCAUUUUCACGAAUGAUGCUUCAAAGGAAAAUCGCAGUCGUGGUAGUCUCCUAUCCGGCAACACCACUGAUCGAGUCUCGAGUCAGAUUCUGCGUUUCCGCUUCGCUAACCAAGGAGGACAUCGACUAUCUUUUACGUCACGUGAGCGAGGUUGGCGACAAGCUGUUCCUCAAAGUCAGCACCGGCAAGGCAGGAGGCUCGCUGGACGGAAGGCCCCCACGCUGGGAUAUCGAAGAAGUUAUUAAGAGAACUCCAGCCGACUGUAAAGACGACAAAUAUUUCAUGGCGUAA